AUGGCCACCCGCCCCCCGUUAAAGCUUCUCAUGUUGCACGGCUACACCCAGUCCGGACCCCUCUUCCAUGCCAAAUCCCGCGCCCUGAUAAAACACAUCACCAAGGCAUUCCCCCUCCACGAGAUCGCCGCUAUAUAUCCCACAGGCCCUUUACGCCUUAACCCCGCUGAUAUCCCCGGCUACACACCACAAGAGGGCUCUGGCUCCGGGACCAACGAAGACGACAGCGAUAUCGAAUCAUACGGGUGGUACAGACGCUCAAACACAGCAGAGCCACCACUCUAUGUUGGUCUCGAGGAUGGGCUUGAUGUAAUCGCGACGGUCCUCAGCGAGGAAGGCCCAUUUGACGGUGUGAUCGGGUUUUCCCAGGGCGCUGCGAUGGCUGCGAUGGUCGUUUCGCUACUGGAGGGGUCGAAGAGGAAGGAUGCAUUUGCGCGGUUUGCACCAUCUUCUUCGUCCUCAGCGGGUGUUGAGGGGUUCAAAUACCCGGAAUCAUUUGCGAAGUUGAAUCAUCCGGCGUUCAAGUUUGCGCUAUGCUAUAGUGGGUUUCGGUCUCCUGGGGAUCGGUAUAGAGCGUUUUAUGAGAGCCCGCUGAUCCAGACGCCUGUUUUGCAUGUGCUUGGAUCGUUGGAUGCUGUGGUUGAAGAGAGUAGGAGUAGGGCGCUGAUAGAUGCUUGUGCUGGGGAUCCAGAGGGGGAGGGGAAAGUGGUUUGGCAUCCUGGUGGUCACUUUUUGCCGAGCCAGAGACCUUACUUGGACGCCGCGGUGAAGUUUAUUAGGGAGUGUUUGGAAGGAGGGCAGGAGGGGGACAAGGAUCAGGCGAAGGAGGAAGAUGUUAACGAUAUGGACGUGCCUUUUUAA